UGAUGCAUGCCUUACAGGGCAUGGUGUUGUUUGAAGAUGUGGCCGUGGACUUCAGUCGGGAGGAAUGGAAGGACCUGGAUGAUGUUCAGAGGACUCUGUACAGGGAUGUGAUGCUGGAGACCUACAGGAACCUAGUGUCAGUGGGAUAUUCAGUAACCAAACCUGAGGUGAUCAUCAAGUUGGAGCAUGGAGAAGAUCCGUGGAUUAUAGUAGGACCCCCGACGCAGAGCAUCUCAGAUGUCCAGACUGUGAAUGAGUUGAUUGUGAACAACCUGAAAAAUCAGGUCAAACAUUUUCAACAAGUAUUAAUCAGCAACAGCAAAACAUCAACUAAGAAAGAAACUGACUUAAAAAAAAUUUCUAAUUUGAGUUCAGUUUGUAUUUUAGAUCCAAUUUUAAGUAUUGAAAAACAUACAGGAAAAUUGCAGGAGGAGUUUGAAUAUUGGAAUUCCUGUGAAACAGCAGUUCUUAUUCCCCAAGAGAAAAUUCACAAAGUGGAGAGUGAUUAUAUAAAUAAUAAAUGGGGAAACAAUUUUUUUGAAAAAACAACUCAGUUGAAUUUUCAUAAAGACUUUGAGGAUGUUCAUCCCAAACAUAAUCAAGCUAGCAAUAAAUCUAGUGAAAAAUUAUGCCUCACUCGCCUUCAGAAUACUCAGUUUGAAGGAAAAAAAAUUGGGUAUAAUUUGUGUGAUACAAAACACGCUGGAGAGACAUCUUUUGACUGUAAAAAAUGUGGGAAAACUUUCUCCCUGAAGUCAUACCUCACUCUACACCAGAGAAGUCACAUAGGAGAGAAACUCUAUGAAUGUAAAGAAUGUUGGAAAACCUUUUCCUGGAAGUCAGAACUCAUUGUACAUCAAAAGACUCACACAGGCGAAAAACCGUAUGAAUGUAAAGAAUGUAGGAAGACUUUCUUCCUGAAGUCAGACUUCAUUGUCCAUAAGAGAAGUCACAAAGGAGAGAAACCUUAUGAAUGUGAAGAAUGUUGGAAAACUUUCUCCUGGAAGUCAGAACUCAUUGUACAUCAGAGAGCUCACACAGGUGAAAAACCAUAUGAAUGUCAAGAAUGUCAGAAGACUUUCUCCUGGAAGUCAGCCCUCACUGUUCAUCAAAGAAUUCAUACCGGAGAGAAACCCUAUGAGUGUCAAGAAUGUGGUAAAACUUUCUCCCGUAUAUCAGCUCUCACUGUUCAUCAAAGAACUCACACAGGAGAGAAACCCUAUAAGUGUCAAGAAUGUAGAAAAACUUUCUCCCAAAAGUCACAUCUCAGUAUACACCAGAGAACUCACACAGGGGAAAAGCCCUAUGAAUGUAAGGAAUGUAGGAAAGCUUUCAUACGGAAGUCGGACCUGACUGUUCAUCAGAGAACUCAUCUUGGAGAAAAACCAUAUGAGUGUAAAGAAUGUAGGAAAACUUUCUCCUGGAAAUCAGACCUCACUGUACAUGAGAGAAUUCACAUCGGAAAGAAAGCUUAUGAAUGUCAAGAAUGUGGGAAGUCUUUCUCCUGGAAAUCACACCUUACUGUACAUGAGAGAAUUCACACAGGAAAGAAAGCAUAUGAAUGUAAAGAAUGUGGGAAAAGUUUCUCCUGUAAGUCGUACUUCACUGGACACCAGAGAACUCACACAGGAGAGAGACCUUAUGAAUGUCAGGAAUGUAGGAAAACAUUCUUCUGGAAAUCAUACCUCACUGAACACCAAAAAACUCACACAGGAGAAAAACCUUACGAAUGUAAAGAAUGUAGAAAAGCUUUCUAUAAGAAGUCGCAUCUCACUGUGCAUCUCAGAAUUCACACAGGAGAGAAACCUUAUGAAUGUGGUAUAUGUCGAAAAACUUUUUCUAUGAGUUCAACCCUCACAAUUCAUCAGCGAACUCACACAGGAGAAAAGCCCUAUGAAUGUAAAGAGUGUUGGAAAACUUUCUCAGAUAAGUCGCAUCUCAAUGUGCAUCUCAGAAUUCACACAGGAGAGAAGCCUUAUGAAUGUGGUAUAUGUAGGAAAACCUUUUCUAUCAAUUCAACCCUCAGAGUUCAUCAGCGAACUCACACAGGAGAGAAACCACAUAAAUGUAAAGAAUGUAGGAAAACAUUCUCUUCAAAGUCAGCUCUUAUUGUGCAUCAGAAAAAACAUACUGGAUAGAAAACCCUAUGAAUAUGAAGAAUGCGGGAAAACUUUCCUCAAGAAGCCAGCCCUCAUUUUUCAUCU